AUGCCGAGGGUGUACAAGCCAGAUCCUCGUGGAAAGAGAUAUAAAAAGUACACCAAGGAACUCGUCGAGCAGGCUCUUCGUGAGUAUAGCGAGGGGAGCAAUUCCUUGAGCAACGUUGCCGAAAAAUUUCAAAUUAAUAAAUCUGUCCUCUAUAGACACAGUAUUAAAAAUGUGAAGACCCAAGGAGGCCAGACAGUGUGUAAGUUAGGCGUUACGGAAAAAAGAUUUAAAAAUAACUUACCUGGGCCGGAUUUCGCCAGAAGUUUUUUGAAAAGGCACAGUGAUAAAAUAUCUCAGAGGGUAUCACAAAAUAUUAAAAGGAAUCGAGCUGCAGUCUCUCCAGAUACUAUUAAAGAGUAUUUUCAACAGUUACAAAUUUCUGUUAGUGAUGUUCCGAUCGAAAAUAUAGUCAACUACGACGAAAGGGAUUUAGCUGAUGAUCCCGGCAGAAAAAAGAUCAUUACUAAGAGAGGAACAAAAUACCCUGAAAGGCAGCUUUCAUACAAAAUAUGUAAGAAAAUCAGUGUAGAAGAUGAAAGUUGUGUCUAUUCACCACAUUUUAAGGAUCUGAAUGUAAGGAUAAGUGGAAAACUUACGCAGCGUCUUCGUGCACCAUUUGAAACCACCUAA